CCUCGAAGUGCUCGCGACCCCCAUCAGUGGACGAUACCCUAGGAGCGUUGCCUGAAUCGUUCUGUAGUCUGAAAGGAUAUUCUCAGAUAGUUCCAAACCAAGAUCAAACCGUUUAAAUCUGGAGUUGUUAAUUACUGGAAUUCUCUGACGGAAAACGUAGUAUCAGAACUUGUUGAUACAUUCGAAGAGAUAUUGUAUCUUCACAUUACUAUAAAUCUCAAUGGUUAACAUGGGCCACUUGACCUCUAACCCUUACUCCUGAAGACUGACUGCAUCCUAUAUACGGGCUUACUGAGUUUUUGGCUCACAUCUCUUGUUCCUUAUCCUUCCAAAUUUCCACCAUUCUCUGCACGUUUUCCAGUACUCAUAGUACCUCCAGGGUAGACACGAGUAGCUGAAUAUUUUCAUCUCAUCAAGGGAUUUACUUCUAAGACGAUUUUAGCUAUCUGACCGAGUUACGCACAACCUGCGUUGUCAUAUUUCGUCAUAAAUGUAUGAACUGCUUGAGUACGAGGCUUCUAUUCUUGUCGACAUUCACCACGAAAGCUCAUUGCUGGUGCUUGCUGAUGGUCUGGGAAUGGAUACAAUUAUUUAUAGCACACUAAGGUUACAUUCAGAUCCUCACAACUUAGUGCUUGUUUCGAACUAUCGUCUCCCAGAAGCUCGUUUUCUAACAGGUAUACUGGAAAAGAAUGGAAUAAUCCACUCUCCUGGAAUAAUUACUGCCGAGGUAAAUAAUAAGGAACGUGAGGCAAUUUACAAGCGAGGUGGUGUGGUAUUUGUCAGUUCUCGCAUAUUAGUUGUGGACUUACUGAUGGAAAGAAUGCCUGCCACUUUGGUUUCCGGUGUCUUGAUUCUUCGGGCACAUGAGCUACACGAGGCUUGCCAAGAUAGUUUCGCUAUUCAGCUUCUCAGAGAACGCAAUCCGCAGUUGUUUAUCAAGGCUUUCAGUGAUAAUUCAUUGUCUUUGACUUCUGGUUACAAUCAUGCAGAAAGGAUUAUGUUGCAGCUGGGUAUUUCGAAGCUUGUUCUUUGGCCAAGAUUCAAUAUGCAGGUUGUUUCUUGUCUAAAUGAAAGCCAACCUGAUGUGGAAGAAGUUCGCGUAAAGUUGACUUCAGAAAUGAUUAUUUGUCAGUCGUGUAUACUUGACCUUAUGAAGGCCUCAUUGAAAGAAUUAUGCGAUCAAAAUCCAACACUAAAUACGGACGAUCUUACCUUAGAAAAAGCUCUGUUACCGAAUUUCGACAGUCUUGUCUCGUUAUACGUUGACCCUGUAUGGAAUCAGCUCAGUUCAGUCAGUCGACGUCUUGUCGGAGAUAUUUCAAGCUUGAGGCGUUUACUCCACUUAUUGAUUGAAGGAGAUGCUGUCAACUUUUUAACCAAUAUGGAAGGUUUACGUCAAGCCGCUUUAGCAAGUUUAGGCGUAACUCAAAAGAGUGAAAUAAAUUCAAAAAGGGCUGCUUCAAGAGGUUGUCCUAGUUGGUUUUUGAUGGAUCAAGCUGAUCGUCUUUUGGCGUCUGCAAGGUCUCGUGUAUAUGCUGAUUACAGCAAAAAAUUAUUAAAUGUUGAGAUUAGUCCUAAAUGGAAAGCACUUGUUGAACUACUAAAAGAAAUCUAUACCAGCACAACUGAUCAAACAUUAAGUCAUACCAUAUUAAUUCUUGUCAGUCGUGAAAAUACAGCAAGGUAUCUUGAACGUUAUUUACAACGUGGAAUACAAUCUAUUAAGAAGUUUCUUGUUCAAACUUCAGAUUUACCUGAAUUACAGUCGCAUAAAAUACAACAGAAGUCUGCCAAAUUAAUGAAUCUGAAAUCUUCUGGAGAAUCAUCCCUAACUACUCUAACACAAAUUUGCAAAAAAUAUAAAUUUGAUGAAUUGUGUGGAGAUAAUGAUGACACUUCAUCCUCAUCAGAGGAAAAUUGUAAAAUGGAUAAUACUGAAAAAAUCACUAACAAUAAUAAUCGUUUGCCUUUAGGAUGUCAUGAAGUUAGCAUUCAUCCUAGUUUAUUAAUUUCAUCCAAUAUAAAGAUGUCUAAUUCACUUAAAAUUAUUAUACGUGUAACACCAACAUUUUCAGGGGAUGAAAAUAGUCAGUUUUAUGGGUCAGCAAAAGAUCACCAAGAUGAGUCCGAUUUAUUUGUACAACAAUAUGGUUAUCGAUUAUCAUAUAUUUUAGAUGUACUUCAACCUAAUUAUGUGAUAUUAUAUGAGCCCAAAUUAUCAUGGGUCAGAGAAUUAGAAGUGUACAAUGCACGUCUUCUAAUUCAACAUUUCUCAAAAAGUGACUCUUCAGGUAACAUCAGAGAGCUUAAUAAUUCUUUACCUUCAUUAAAAAUAUAUUUUGUACUGUAUGAAAAUUCCGUUGAAGAACAACGAUAUUUAACAAGUUUACGUAAAGAAAAAGAAGCAUUUGAAUCUCUUAUUCAGCUAAGUAGCACUCUUGUUAUACCAAAAGAUACAACAAUACCAUAUGGAAAAUUAAACCCAGGUGAUAAUCAAGCAGUGUCUCGUGUAAUUGUAGAUAUGCGUGAAUUUCGUAGUGAGCUACCAGCACUUUUACACAGAAAAGGAUUAAAAGUAGAACCUAUGACUUUAAGUAUUGCAGAUUAUAUUCUUGCUCCGCAUUUAUGUGUUGAAAGAAAAUCUGUUAGUGAUCUCAUUGGUUCUCUUAACUCUGGACGACUAUAUCAUCAAGCUACUGCAAUGUCACGUCAUUAUGCAAGUCCAGUUCUCCUAAUUGAAUUUUCUAUACAUAAUAAAGUUUCUAGUUUAAAUCAUGGGAGUACAAGAGGAUUUCAUGGAAGUGAAGCAGUUGGUUUUACCUUGUACACUGGGCGACAUGCAAUUAACCCUAGUUCAGAGUUUAAUUCCCAUCAUCUUUUAUCUAAACUUGUUUUGCUCACUAUCCACUUUCCUAAUCUACGAAUAUUUUGGAGCAUGACUCCCUAUUGUACUGCAGAAUUGUUUGCGGAGAUCAAACUUGGUCGGCCAGAACCAAGUGUUGAAAAACUUCCUCAGGAUGGUGAUCAUUUAGAGGAUCAUAAUGUUGAAGCUGUUGACAUGCUAUUAAAAUUACCAGGUGUAUCAUGGAAAAAUUAUCGGCGCAUAAUGAGUCAUGUUUCUUCUUUAUACGAUUUGGUUAACUGCAGUAUGGAAAGGUUAGCAGAAAUUUUGGAUAGCAGUGAAUCUGCUGUUAAACUGCACAAUUUCCUCCAUUCCAAAUGUAGUGGUUUAGUUUCGAAUGCCUCGACAGAUAUUGCUGAUGAAUCAUUCAAGUGUCAAAACAGACGUAAAGCCAGACUAAAUUUAUCAGCUUGUGUAAGAACACGUCGUGGGAAAGGUUGUGGGCCUAUCAAAAUGUAGCCCGAUUUAAUUAAUAAUGAUAAAUAUUUGUAACAAUCUUGUACAUAAAAUAAAAUUUAAGUUCUUAUUCUAACCAUUUUUUAAUGUUCAUAUGGCAACUUAUUUGUUACCAUAUUGCUCUAUCAAUUCGAAAUAUUUCUCAUGCGUGCUGACUUGUUCACUGGAAUAAGGGAAAAAGCUCGGCAUACUCUUUUCAUCUUUCAUGUACACGGUGUGAAGAAUAAGAUAAUGAUAAAUUUCCAAUCUCCAAUACAGAAAGAACAUGCAUUUUCACGGGAAACAUUUUUACUUACCCCAUUACAUUUAUGCAUUUCUUGGCGAAUAUGUUCGUCAUAAUGUCACAAGUACUGAUUAUAUCCGAACUCAAUAUAGCAGAACAUAACGACAUGGAGCUUUUUAGAACACCGCAUAACUUGUAUAUACCCAACAGGUAUUUGGCUUAGAACUUUUUAUCAUGCUGUGCAGAAGCAGAGAAGCUAACACUAAGUCUAACUGCAAGGAGGUGGAAAUAGUGAGGGCAACAGAGUGCCAAAACUAAAAUGAAUUUUUAAUUCUGCGUCUUUGACCUGCUUGAUUAGCAUCAGUGUUGAAGCAUUUUCAAGAAUCUUCCACCUCUAUAAUCAUGCACAACUGGUAUGUGGCAUAUUACUAAGUGCAGCCAAAACAUUGUGGACGCUUUCGUGAAAAUAAAUUACGCAGAUCUCUAAGUUUCUGAACGACCACAAACCCACUGGAAUAACGACAUUGAAGCAUGUAUCCAACCAGCAUUAUUGAGAAAACAGGAUUUUAUAGAUUCAUUCCAAUUCCGAAACAGUUAUUUAAUUGGUUCGCAAACUUCACUUGAUGUCAGAAAUAUAUCAAGGUCACCAUACAAUGUUGAUUCUUACUCUCUGAAUGAAUAAUACCGUGUUCGUUCCAAAACCUGGAUGAAACAGUUGUCUAGUGUUUCCCUAACCGAUGCCAUCCUGAAAUGGGGGUAUAUAUUCACUUCUCACAACAGAAUGAUGCUCCUACACACACUAUAGUUCUUUCUUUCGAAAAUUACCUAAAUUCAGUUGUAUGAUACAAAUAAAUGUUUCCUAAUUACAUUAACCAGUCAACUACUAAAGGCCUAUUUAUUUGACGAAUUUUACCCGUAGAUCUCUAGAAUCUCCCAUGUAUAAACUAUAAAUACACUGACGUUUCUCUUAUUGUGCUUUUUACUACCAUCUACCCUUGUUAUUGAGAAUAUGGUUUCUUUCCUGUCC